GUGGGGAUAUAUUUAAUUGUUAGUAGACUUGAUCAAUGGGCGGGCUAAGCUGGAGCUAAAAAUCUGCCCGUUACUCGUCGGGCCGUAUGGGCUUUUCAGACCAUUUACGGGCAAAAAAAUGAACUAAAAUAGCAUAAAAAUGCAUUCCCAAACCCGUCCAAAAAAACAAAAAAAAAAUCGGACUGGGUCAGACGGGUCAGCUUUGAUCAGCUCUAAUUGUUGGUAGGAGAGAUAAAUAAUUAAAAAAAAAUUAAUAAUGUAAGUGGGUUUGUUAGAAAUAAUAAAAUAAAUGUGGAUCCUUUUCAAUAAGAAUGUGUUGCAAUUAUUAAAAAACGGAUGAAAAAGAAAAAAAUUGCGAUUAUUAUAAACGGUGUUAGUUGUUAAAUUACACUUACAUUUGCACAAGUUCACAACCUUUCCCAUGUAAAUAAAAAAAUAAAUAAAUAAAAUCGCAACCUUAAAAAUAGCCAUUCCAACGCGCCUCCACAAAACAAAGGGAAACACGCAACUCCCUUCCUAUGAAAUUUCUAUGGCAUCCUUCCAAAAGUCAAAAGGUCAAUCCGAAUCUGUAUUUUUUUUUUUUUUUUUAUAUAUUUUUUUUAAAAGCCAAACUUAUUCAAAAUCCCAACCAAAUUCCAACCAAUCCAAUAUCAAAUUUCUGUUAACUCACAAAACCAAUAUAGAACAGUGUCAACGAAAAUUACAAGGGAUUCCAUAUCAUUGCUAAUUACACCAAUCCAAAUCCUCAAAAACAAAACACGAACACGACCCGUUUUACUAUUAGGGAGUAAUAAUAAUGGAAUUACAAAAGGGGAUUCCAUUAUUAUUACAACAAUUGAAAUCAUUAUUCUGUAAAAACGCAUUGCUUUCAUGGCGUCAUAAAUGGGCAACAAUUCUCCAACUAUUUUCUUCAUUAAUCUUCAUCUUCUUGAUGUUCUGUAUUCAAAAAGCAUUCGAUGCCCAGUUCAAGAACACCACUAAUUUCCAGAAUCUUCUCGAUCCAAAGCCGCUUGUUUCGCCCGCGAUUCCGCCUUGUGAAGACAAGUUCUUCAUCAAACUCCCUUGUUAUGACUUCGUUUAUAGCGGUGCCUCAAAUCCUAAUGUCAAGCGUAUUGUUUCCAGAAUUAUGGCUAAUAAUCCUGGCCGUCCUAUUCCACCUCCUAAGGUUAAGUCCUUUGCAACGGAAGCUGAGGUUGACGCAUGGCUUCUUAGCAACCCAAUGCAUUGUCCAGGAGCACUGCAUUUUGUAGAACAAAAUGCGACCAUAAUAAGCUAUGGUGUUCAAACUAAUUCUACACAAGUACAAAAAAGAGGGAGGUAUGAAGAUCCUACCUUCAAAUUUCAGGUUCCACUUCAGAUUGCUGCAGAACGAGAGAUAGCAAGGUUUCUUAUUGGAGAUCCAAACUUUAGCUGGACAGUAGGCUUGAAAGAAUUUGCUCAUCCUCCAGAUGACCCCUUCUCCAUCAUUGCCACUAUCGGUCCAGUCUUUUUCCUUGCAGUUGCCAUGUUUGGCUUUGUAUUCCAAUUGAGUUCCCUGGUGAUGGAGAAAGAAUUAAAACUUAGAGAGGUGAUGAGUAUGAUGGGUCUGUAUGAUACUGCCUACUGGCUGUCAUGGCUAGCUUGGGAGGGACUUCUUGUUGUUGUUUCAUCAGUUUUCAUCGUACUAUUUGGGAUGAUGUUUCAGUUUGAUUUUUUCUUGCACAACAAUUUUGCGAUCUUAUUCCUUGUGUUCUUUCUUUUCCAAUUAAACAUGACUGUCUUUGCAUUUGCGCUAUCAGCCUUCAUUAGCCGGUCAUCUUCAGCUACAAACAUAGGAUUUUACAACUUUAUUAUUGGCUUAAUCACCCAGAUUGUGACAGCAUUUGGAUUCCCAUACAGUAAAAUGUUCUCUCAAACAUACAGAGUCUUAUGGUCCUUCUACCCUCCGAAUUUGCUAGCCGAGGGUAUUCAGAUGCUCACAGAUGCAACUAGUACACCUCAAGACCCUGGAAUGAGCUGGAAGGGAAGGACAAAAUGUUCGCCUAAUGAUGAUGAAUGUAUUUUAACAAUGAAUGAUAUCUUCAUAUGGCUGUCGGGGACGUUUGUUAUGUGGUUUGUUUUGGCUCUUUACUUUGACAAUAUUAUUCCGAACCCCUAUGGAGUAAGGAAAUCAGUGUUCUAUUUCUUGUAUCCUGGAUAUUGGACAGGCAAAGGUGGAAGCAAGGCACAAGAGGGUGGCAUCUGUACCUGCUUUAGUUCUUCCUCACAGCUUGAGCAUGUAACUCCUGAUGAUGAGGAUGUUCUUCAAGAGGAGAACAAUGUUAAACAGCAAGCAAACGAAGGUGUUGUUGAUUCAAAUGUUGCAGUCCAAAUACGUGGCCUUGCAAAGGUUUAUCCCGGAUCAACAAGUCUUGGAUGCUGUAAAUGCAAAAGGACUCCUCCUUACCAUGCUCUCAGGGGAUUAUGGGUGAAUCUUGCUAAGGAUCAGCUAUUUUGUCUUUUGGGCCCCAAUGGAGCUGGUAAAACUACUGCUAUCAAUUGCUUGACUGGAAUUUCACCAGUGACCAGUGGAGAUGCAUUGAUCCAUGGAAAUUCUAUCCGAAGCUCUGUUGGCAUGUCUAAUAUUCGCAGAAUAAUAGGCGUGUGUCCACAGUUUGAUAUUCUUUGGGAUGAAUUGACUGGUCAAGAGCACCUCAACCUCUUUGCAAAUAUAAAAGGUCUGCCUAGUGCUACAAUUUUGACGGUUGUCCAGGAUUCAUUGGCAGAAGUGAGGCUAACUAAUGCUGCAAAAAUGAGGGCUUCAAGUUACAGUGGAGGAAUGAAACGCCGUCUAAGUGUCGCAAUUGCUCUCAUUGGUGAUCCUAAAUUAAUUAUUCUGGAUGAACCUACAACUGGUAUGGAUCCUAUUAGCAGGAGGCAUGUGUGGGACAUAAUAGAAAAUGCAAAACGAGGGCGAGCCAUUAUUUUAACUACACACUCCAUGGAAGAAGCUGACAUACUGGGUGACCGCAUUGGAAUUAUGGCCAAAGGAAGACUUCGAUGCAUUGGAACUUCUAUCAGAUUGAAGUCACGCUUUGGAACUGGUUUCAUAGCCAAUGUGAGCUUUGUUGGGAACCUUAAUGGAACCCCUAUCGAAGGAGAUUCAACUGAUAUGAAUCACUCCCAGGAGGCUGUCAAGCGGUUUUUUAAAGAUCACCUGGGUGUAGUGCCUAAAGAAGAGAGCAAAUCCUUCCUGACUUUUGUAAUACCUCAUAAAAAAGAGGAGCAAUUGACGAUGUUUUUCGAAGAACUACAAGAAAGAGAGGCAGAAUUCCAAAUAGCUGAUAUCCAGCUUGCUCUUACUAGUCUGGAAGAAGUUUUCCUAAAUAUUGCCAGACAAGCAGAGAUGGAAAGUGCUGCUGCUGAGGGAAAAUUGGUCACCUUAAACCUGACAACAUCCGAGACUUCAGUUGAGAUACCUGUUGGGGCUCGAUAUGUGGGGAUACCAGGAACAGAAUCUGCAGAAAAUCCCAGAGGUAUGAUGGUAGAAGUGUACUGGGAACAAGACGAUUAUGGUGCUUUGUGCAUAUCAGGCCACUCUCGCGAAGUCCCCGUACCUUCAAAUAUACAGCUACCGACAGCACCGCCCACUACAUCUCGCCAGGGUGUCUUGGGUCGAAGGGGGAAAAUACAUGGUCAUGUUAUUGAUCCUGAUCAGAUUCCUGAAACAAUAUUCCAAAGAUAAAAUAGUCGCAUAUAUUGUGGUGCUUACAUAAUAUACUAUGUGAUUAAGCUAAGUAUGCAUUCUUUUUACACAUACACACUUUUGUAUAUGAGAAUGUAGAUUAACAAAUUUUGACCUUAUAAUAUGUUUGUGUUCGCUUAAACUACCCCCCAACUGGAUUAUUGGAUUGUAAUACAUUGUACAUAUGGUCUCCAAUACAGUAGCUUGUACUGACAUAAAAGUUUGGUUUUCUGGAAGCCGAAGUAAGAGGUUUGCUGC